UCUAACCCUCAUGAUUUACCGUCUUUUUUUCAUCCUCUAGCUAAUAUUCCUGGCCCAAAGCUCUGCGCUAUCACAGGCUGGUAUGAGAUCUUCUGGGAUGUUCUUGUCGGAGGGCAAUUUACGUUCAAAGUGGAAGAAUGGCACAAGAGAUACGGUCCAAUAAUGAGAAUCGGCCCAAACGAGGUACACUUUAAUGAUCCCGACUUCUACAAUCAGCUGUACCCCACGAUGGGCGCCACAUACGAGAAGCCUGCACAGUGGCGCUGGCGGUUUGGUUGUGGCACUGCAAUCUUCGAUACUAUCGGUCAUGAUCACCACGCCCAGAGGAAAGCUCCCGUCGCUGCUUUCUUCUCCCGGCAGAAAAUCCUCCAGUUUAGCAGCUUCAUACAGGACCAGACUGACUUGCUGGUCGAGCGGAUCCGGGAUAACCACAAAGGGCAGGUUAUUUGUGCUAAUGAGGCUUUCGAUGCGUUGACGAUGGAUAUCAUUGGCUACUAUGCCUUCGGUCUGUCAUAUGAUUCCAUUCAGUAUCCGCAGUUCAAGGCACCGUACCGCAAUGUGACUGCGGAUAUUGCGCGUAUGGUUCAUGUCGGAGCUCACUUCCCGUGGGUCUUCAAGAUCCUCAACGCUCUGCCAGAGAAGUAUAUCACCAGGUUGUUGCCUCCCAUGUCAAAGAUAUUCAUGUUCAGAAAGGCACGUAAUAAAUCGCUCAGGGAGCGGCUGUCGUCAGUUGCUAAUCCUAUCGUUCUGCAGGAAAUCAGCUCGCAGAUCCGUCGGAUCAAGGAGAACAAAGAGUACCUGGACAAGAACACGAAUGAGCAUCGAACCGUCUUCCAUGAGAUCCUCAACUCCAACCAGCCCGCUUGCGAGCUCAAUGAGGACCGCAUCUACCACGAAGCCCUCAGCCUUGUCGGUGCAGCCCUCGAGACAUCAAAAAGAACCACUGCGCUAGCUGUUUAUUACAUUCUGGCCACCCCGGGUGUAGAGGCUAAUCUUCGCGCUGAACUUGCCGCCGCCAUGCCCGACAAAACAAAAAUACUGUCUGUGCCUGAGCUUGAGGCUCUGCCGUACCUAAACGCCGUUAUCAGAGAAGGUGCCCUUCCCCCCUCAUUUUUCUCAACUCCCUCCGCCUCGCCAUUGGGGUCUCUCAGCGCAUGCGACGAUAUUCUCCCCACGGAGACAAUUACGUACAAGGAUUACACCAUCCCCCCGUACACCGUUUUUGGAAUGUGCCACUGGGAACAGCUCCGCGAUGCACGUAUUUGGGAUCGUCCGGCCGAAUUUCUCCCAGAGCGCUGGCUAGGAGAGCAGCCACUGGCGCUUAACGGCCAGCCACUCAACAAAUACUUUGUGCCAUUCCAUCGGGGCCCGCGUAUGUGUCUAGGCAAAGAAUUUGGGAUGGCACAGCUAAACAUUGGGCUUGCUACCUUGUUUCGCCAGGACGACAUCAAACUUGAGCUCUAUGAGACCGACAACAAGGAUGUCGAAGUUGUGGCAGACUAUUUCGUACCUUUGACAGUAAAGGAGAGUCAGGGGGUCAGAGUUCUGGUGAAAUGA